CGACUGAGGACGUCAUCACGUAAACAGGAAGUCCUAGUCGUUCCUUGUUUUUUUUUUUUCGUGAAACAUUUUUUCUCUCUCCUAAAAACAGAGUUUCUAGAGGCUGUGACAGAAGUCAAGAAUGGAAGAUUUUCAUAACGGAAACGAGGGCUCUUUUAACUCCGAGGAAACUGAUGGAAUCGUCAAAGAGUGCAUCGAGAACGUGGUGGGAGGCGACGACUACAGCGCCAAUUUGGUGAACAAAUGGACGGCCGGCAUCGUGGAGCGCUGCCUCACCCAGCUGGUCAAACAGGGGAAGCCGUACAAGUAUAUCGUGACGUGCGCUGUGAUGCAGAAGACCGGCGCCGGACUUCACACAGCCAACUCCUGUUACUGGGACACUGCCAUGGACGGAAGCACCACCGUAAGGUGGGAAAACCGCACCAUGUACUGCGUGGUCAGCGUGUUUGCGGUGGCCGUUGCCUAGAACCCAAAGGCCACCCAUUCAAGACACAGGCCCCACCAAGAGGAUGCAAUUAGCUACUCCAACCAGCAGGGGGCCACCAAGUGCCACAGUUUUCAUCACCACAGUUGAAACCCAGAAGCCUUUAUCCUCAUGUUCUCCUUUUUUUUCCAACUCCAUGCCACAACUGGAACCUACAUAUUUAAAGAGUGCAGUGGAGAACUUGUAUCAUGUUGAAGCAUGAAGAGACUUUUAUACCAGAUCAUCAGGAAAAUAAAUAAACCAGUUUGUUUGAAUGCUUCCCGCUUUCUAAACUUUUUGUCCUUAACAUAUUCAACUAUGACUUUUUUUUUACGAUAUAUUGAAAGAUUGGAUUCCUUCCAUUGAGAUGAGCAGGACUUUCUCUGAAAUGUGUGAAGAUUGACUUUCUUGUUACCUUUGUUGACAUGGAGGGGCAUUGUGCAUGUUCCACAUCUGCUAGGCCUUUUAUUCUGAAAGUGAAAAUCUCCUCAGCCUAACAUGUUUUCUGAAACCGAAAACCAGAUGAUACUUUAAUGAUGUAAAGCAAAAACUUACUCAAACAGGAAUUAAGCCCAUGAAACAUGAAGUAAAGACAUUUAUCUUCAGAAACUCCUUAAAGAUCCACUCUGAUCAUCUCUUGAACUAAUAUUGAUGUAUUGUUUGAAUAAAGAAAUACUCAGAAAUGUA